AUGGGUGAAAACAAAGUAAUUCCCAACAUUACUAUCAAUGAAUGUGAUAACAAAUGUGAGGAAGAAACAGACAACUUGUUACAAAAGUCUAGAGAAAUUUCUUCUGUUAUUAGACAACGACAAACUUCAACCUCUAAGUUUGAUGAUAUCAUGGAAUGUCAAUUAAAUGAAGCAAUGUCAAGAAACAUUUAUACUAAGGGAAGACCACCAUGGUUUGAUGAAACUGGUAAAAAACAAUCUGAAGCUUUUGUAAUUGGAAUUUGUGGCGGUUCUUCAUCAGGAAAGACAACUGUUGCAACUAAUAUUGUUUCAGAUAUGGGUAUACCGUGGGUUAAUAUUGUUUCUAUGGAUUCAUUUUAUAAAGUUUUAACGGCCGAGCAGAGAAAGCAUGCAGCUAAUGAUGACUAUAAUUUUGAUGUCCCAAAUGCUUUGGAAAUGGAUCUUGUUGUUGAAACACUUCAUAGAUUAAAACAAGGGAAUUCUGCUAUAAUUCCACAAUACUGUUUUACAACACAUUCUCGUAUUGAAACAGCUAGUAAAAUUCAUUAUGGUUCUGAUGUCAUAAUUUUUGAAGGAAUUUUAGCUUUUUGUGAUAAGAGAAUUCGUGAUAUGAUGAAUGUUAAGGUAUUUGUAGAUGCUGAUGCUGAUGUAAGAUUAGCAAGACGUCUUAAACGUGAUACAGAAUUUCGCGGAAGAACAAUUGAAUCUGUUCUUACUCAAUAUUUGAAAUUUGUUAAACCAGCUUAUGAAACAUAUUGCGAAGAAUUUAAAUCUUAUGCAGAUAUUGUUGUUAAUAAUAAUUCUAAUGAUCAUGCUGCAUGCCAAGUUGCUACUAGUUUUAUAGUUAAAAAAUGUGAAUCUGUUUUAAUUGAAAAAGGAUAUAGAAGUAGUAAAGUAUAUAAAGCUAUACCCUUCAAUAUUUAUUUACCUGAAAAUGUUUUGUCAUCUUGUCUUCCACCAAAUCUUAUUACAAGUGAAAAACCUUAUAAUAAGGAAGGUGUCUAUAAUAUUAUUAAAAAAUCAAUGAUUUCAAGAAAAGAAUUUGUUGGAGUUUCACAAAAAAUUAUAGAAGAAAUUGGAAUGUCUUGUUUAGAAAAAUUUAAGUCUCUUGAUAAACCAAAUACAGCUAUUAGCUAUACAGUAGCAAGUGAAAUUAUAGAAAAUUCAACUUUUUAUAAUGAUCCUAAUAUUCAAAAAGGAAGUAUGUUAGUAAAAAUUCAACAACAAACUAAUAUUCCUGAAUUAUUUACUUGUUCAUUUCCUAGAAAUAUUGAUAAAAGUAAAUGUUUCCUUUUUGAUCCAAUUAUUUCAUCUGGCUCUGUAUUGAUGGCUAUUCGUGUUCUCCUUGAUCAUCAAGUUAAUGAAAAAGACAUUUAUAUUUGUGGUAUUUUAAUGUCUGACAGAGCGGCUAAGUCAAUAGCCUAUGCUUAUCCUAAUAUUAAUAUGAUUGUUAAAAAUGUUGAAUUGAAAAGUGAAAUUGAUGCAUUGAAACCUGGAAUUUAUCAAUAUUUUGAUUAA